UAAGAGGACACACCAAAUGUAUACUGCAGAAUAUUAGUGUAGUUAUAUUCCCACAAUUUUUCUUGCAGAGAAAUCUCGACGGAGUGUCUGUGCGUUCGGCAAAUUCUGAUAUUUCCGAUAGCACUCAAAGGUAGCACGGCUGUAACCAUUAAUGACGACGAAGGAAGUGAACGUAUCAGUUAGCAUUCUGCUCCGUACGACAGCUAACGUUACAGAACUUACACACAGUGAAUAAGUGACAGCCUCUUUAAGGAUUGCCAUAUGGAUUCUCCUCGGCAGGCGAAGAACCUGAAUCGAGAGCCAAAGCGCAGUCAGAAUCGGUCAAGCAAUCCUCCUCAGAAAGAUGCCUACGCCAGGCUCCUCAACCAGCACAGCAGCAGCAAGUUCAGUCUGUAUCUAGAGCAAUAUGUAAAGGACACAGCAUUUCAAAGGGAAGGAAAUGGGCCAAGCACCCUGUUCAAAGCCCAGAGUGACAGGCAGAACAUACCACAGCGACAAAGGGUUCAGGUGCCCAAUGAUUUCUCUGAUUCGAGUGACUUCUCCCCCUCUUCCAUGAAAAGUAGAGGAGAGGAGAGUUCACUGUCCUUGUACAUGGAGAAGCUAAGCAGCCGCAGUGCUCAGCAGGACUUUGAAAGGAAGCAGGGUGUGUCUGACAGACAGCGAUGGGGACAGAGAAGAGACACAGCCACCAGCCAAGAUGGAGACGUCGAGUCUGGUGAGGAACUUGGCUCUUUAAAACCCAAUGAACCAAAGAAACACCAGAAGCAGCAAAAGAAAACCAAGGACUCUCACAAAGAUGUUACCUCAAAAGAGACUGGCGCCUUUGUUGGACGUCCUGAGUCCCCAAAUACAGCCGGUACAAGUGGACAGGAGCAAGAGAAGAUGAAGAAGUCAAAGAAGAAAAAAAAUUCAAGGCAGCCAGAAGAGGAGAAAAGCGGAGAAGGGACAUUACAGUCUGGGGUUGACGCUCAGAAUUCAAGGCCCAAGUCCCCUUAUGGCAAAGAGAAAAAACUGCAGCAGCCCAGAGCUUCAAGUGCCAAUUCUCCUGCUGACAAGAGUAAGAACAGAGGACCCAGAGGAUCAAAGAAACAAGUUUUUGAGUCCUACAUGACAUGUGAGGAGGUUUCCCAUGGCCUUAAAAGAGGAGAACUCCUUCAGGGACAGUUGAGAAUCAACCCAAAGAAAUACCAUGAAGCUUUCAUCCCAUCUCCUGAUGACGCACGAGAUAUAUUUCUGGAUGGGAUUGUAGCUCGCAACAGAGCACUGAAUGGCGACGUAGUGGUGGUGCGAAUCCUCCCUCGGGAGCUGUGGAAGGUUGUGAGGUCAGACACAGAGUGUGAGGGCGCCAGUGGGUCAGACACCCAGAAAGAAAACACGGUGCGGCCAGCGCAGAAGAAGACGGAGCGCACGCCCAGGCCUGAUGGUGUUUCGGAAGACCAGUGUAGCGACCAGGAUGAACUCACCCGCAAAGUGCAGAAUACCUCCCUCACUGACACAGGGGAACAUCUGGAAGACCCCUCAACCCCACGGCCCAAUGGGGAAAUACUCCAAAAGACUGCUAAAGUGGUUUACAUUGUUGAAAAGAAACACUCGAGAGCUGUGACGGGCUUCCUGAAAUUCCUGCCAGACAAGCCUUUUGCCAUGUUCUCGCCUGUGGACCACCGUGUGCCACGGAUUAACGUUCUCCUUGCCGACUGUCCCGAAGACUUCAGUUCCCGCCCGGGCGACUACGCCAAAACCUUGUUCAUAUGUCGGAUCACCAACUGGGCAGCUGACAGCAACUUUGCAGAAGGUCAACUUGCUAAGACUCUGGGUCAGGCUGGAGAAAUCGAGCCAGAGACGGAGGGCAUCCUGAUAGAGUACGAAGUGGAUUUCUCCGAGUUCUCCGAUGAGGUCUUGAACUGUCUGCCCAAGAACCUGCCCUGGACCAUCCCUGCUGAGGAGAUGGCAAAGAGGAGAGACCUGAGGAAGGAGUGUAUCUUCACCAUCGACCCUGCUACCGCCAGAGACCUGGACGAUGCUCUGUCCUGUAAACAACUCCCUGAUGGUAACUUUGAGCUGGGAGUUCACAUUGCUGAUGUGAGUUAUUUUGUGGGGGAGGACAACGCUCUGGAUGCCAUCGCCAGCCAAAGAGCAACUAGUGUGUACAUGGUUCAGAAGGUGAUCCCCAUGCUGCCCAGGUUGCUGUGUGAGGAGCUGUGCAGUCUCAAUCCUCUCACCGACAGACUCACUUUCUCUGUCAUUUGGACAAUCACACCGGAGGGGAAGAUCCUGAGUGAGUGGUUCGGCCGCUCAGUUAUCCGCUCCUGCGUGAAGCUGAGUUACGACCAUGCUCAGUCCAUGAUCGAGGCCCCUGACAAGAUGUUCGCUGCCGAGGAACUGCCACCUGCGGACCCCGAGCACCCCAUUGAUGAGAUCCAUCGGGCUGUGCUCAACCUGCACUCCAUCGCAAAGAACCUCCGGGCUCAACGCUUCUCAGGAGGAGCCCUCAGGCUGGACCAGUUGAAACUGUCCUUCACCCUGGACAAAGAGACCAUGAUGCCUCAAGGCUGCUACGUUUACCAGUACAGAGACAGUAACAAGUUGGUGGAGGAGUUCAUGUUACUGGCUAACAUUGCUACAGCCCACCACAUCCACUCCAGAUUCCCCCAGCUGGCCCUGCUCAGACGCCACCCUCCACCCAAGACCAAAAUGGUGGAUGAGCUGCAGGAGCAUUGUGACCAGUUGGGAAUCGACAUAGAUCUCUCCUCUGCAGGAGCCUUGCAUAAGAGUCUCAACACUGCUCUUGGGGAUGAUGAGUACACCACUGCCAGAAAAGAAGUCCUCACCCACAUGUGCUCCAGACCCAUGCAGAUGGCGAUGUACUUCUGUACAGGUGAACUUAAGGAUAAGCAGUUGUUUAAGCACUACGCCCUCAACGUUCCUCUCUACACUCACUUCACAUCGCCCAUCAGACGCUACGCUGACCUCGUAGUCCACCGGCUGCUGGCUUCCUCACUGAAUUGUGGGCCUAGUUUGGGGCUGUCGACAGAAGAAGUCCAAAAGCAGUCCUCGCGCUGUAACGACAGGAAGACUGUGUCCAAGAGAGUCCAGGAGCUCAGCUCUGAGCUCUUCUUUGGAGUGUUUGUAAAGGACUGUGGCCCUCUGGACUCUGAGGCCAUGGUGAUAGGGGUGCUGGAUCAGUCCUUUGAUGUGCUGGUUCUCCGGUACGGAGUGCAGAAACGCGUCUACUGCAAGUCUGUUACGGGUCUGGACUCGUUCCGCCAUCAUAAGGUGGGGAAGAAAUCUGAGCUGACUCUUAUCUGGACAGCAGAGGACCACGAGAAAGCUCCUUUAGAGCAGGUCAUUUCAAUCUUCACGUUGGUGGAGGUGCAGCUCAAAGCUGACGGUGCACCCAUGAAAUACAGCGCAGUGCUCAAGAGGCCCGAGGAGAACGAGUCAAACACUUAGACGUGCUGAAGAGCACUCAAAUGCUUGAAUGGAAAUUUUGAAUUGCACAUUUUUCUUUUAUUGAUUGGGUAAAAAAGAAUAGUAGUAGCUUAGAAGCAGUAUUGCUUUGGUAAGCAGGGCGCAUCACUGAUCAGCUCAGAGUCACAUUUCAAUUGAGGUUCCCACUGAGUUUCAGUGACCUUUAUGAUUUAUAGUGUUUUAAAACAUGUAAACUCUGAUGUUCUAAGUUAAGCCUUGAUGGUUCCACUGAUGGGCACACUGUUUUAUGUAAUUCAGUGGUUGUAUUUCAAAUUGAUUUGUGACCCAGGUCUGACAGGAAAAGAACCGAGUCAGCAUUAGUUGUAUUUUGCUGUUGAUUUAUUGACCUUUAUGAGGACGGUAUUGAUGUUAUUAUAACUGUUGUACACAGUCUAAUGCGUGAAAGCUGAUUUUCAGUUUAACAUCAAUAUAUUUGUGUUUGCAAAGCAACAGAGUACAACACACUACUAAAGUUGACUUAUUUGGCUGUCUUGACUUGCUAUGCUGGCUGUAGAAUACCUUCUCGUGGCGCAACAGUAAAAAGGUAAAACCUUUGACUGCAUCAGAUGAACAGAACAGGUAUCUUAACAUCUGCAUAGAGACAAAAUAACAGCUACCACAUGCCAUCCAGGAUUUUUACAUUGUCGUAUGUAUUUAUAGUGUUUUAUACAGGAAGGUUUUUCUUGUGUGUGAAUGAAGGGCCCGGAGGGCUUCUUCAGGUCACAGUCAUGAAGAACAGCUCGUAGGACUUUUCAUUUGAUUUCAAUUCUUAACAUAUUGUUCAGUUCUUGUCUAAACUAAGGCAUGUUUUCUGUACUUGGUUUAAAAGACGAGCCAAAGCUUAAUCAUUUCUCAACUAACUGUUAUUGUUUUUAACAGAAAACAUAGGAAUGACUUGAAUUGCUGCUGAAAGUGGAUGUUGAUGAGCUCAUGCGUUUGUGGGGUUUUUAUGCUCUGAGUCAGUCAGACUUGAUUUGUGCAGCAGAAAUACUUUAUGGACCUUAUUAAUAUCGACUGUGAAUUUCAGCCUGUAAUCAAGCCGAAAAACACUUUUUAUUGUGUGUGAAGCUGCACAUUUUUAAGUGUUUGUGGGCCUCCCAUUUAGUUUUGACUGAGUCAGUGUGCCUCUCUUUAGUUCUCAGUGCCAUGUAGUGUCAUAAAUCAGCUGCUGCCGCUGCACAAUUUUGUUUUAAUUUUGAACAAAUGAGCUUGUCAGAGUUUUUUGCUAAUGUUUUUAAGUUAUUUUUGCUCACAUGGACUGUCGGUCUGUGAUGUGAACUUUAAAUGUAUUUUAAACCUGCAAGUUAAAUGUUUGUGCAAAACAACUGGACUGACUUAGUAGGAUGUGUUUCUGUGAUUUAGGGUUGGAAAAAAUAAUAAUUCAUUCUUAAGUUUGAAAACCUGAGAAUGCAGUCAAAAGUACAAUUUCUGUCUUUGAAAAGUUAUAUCAUGACAUGUAACUUUGGUUCUUGUCUGUAUUGAAAGUUCAGUUGUACUCUGCUAAACCACCAUAAGGCGCAAUACAUAGUUGUCCUUGUCACUAUGAAAAUAAAAACAUACGUGAAUGA